GACCGCCUUCCAUCUUCCCCGCUAACUAUGUCAACAGUUAAACCUCAAUUUAACGAUUUAUACCCCGCGAUCCUUUCUAAUCAUGUCUAGGUAGAGGGCUGCAGCUUCGGCUGCAUCUUCGUUGUCUACUCUUUCUGGGAGCAACGGACAUCACGAUCUUCUUCUAAUGUGUCCUGCAUCCAUUUCCGAAGUCCGCCAUGCCUCACAAACACAAGAAAAGCAAUGUCCUGAAAAAUGGCGCUCCAAAAGUAGAGAAAAAGGAGAAUCCUCCUGAACCACCUGCUGUUCCCCCUACCACUAACUACAAAGAAAUUCAUGAGAAUGAGGCCGACGCCUUGCGCUCAAUAUACUCGACUGAUUUUGAGGAUGUAGAAGUCCGACAAGCUGCUUGGCAUCAAGCGUCUGAAGUAGCUUUCAAAUUGCAUCUGAGAGCUUCCUCGAAUCCGGACGUGCAGGUUGUCUUGUUAGUUUCGCUGCCUGCGACAUACCCUAAGACAGUCCCAAAUUUGACCGUCCAAGGUCUUGAUGACCUCCGGAGAGGAGCUAAAUCCAGGAUCAAGGAUGUGAUUGAAACUAAACCAAAAACCCUUCUGGGUUCGGAAAUGAUCUACGAACUUGCACUAUCCGUUCAGGAUAUCCUCGAAGAUGUCGCAAUAGCACAAGCCGAGGACAAAGACAUACCAAGCCUGGAGGAAGAACGGAUAGUCCAGGAAGCCGCAGCAAUACAGCAAGCCGAGGAACAAAAGCAGGAAGAGCGGAGGAGGCAGGAACAGGCCACUGCUGCAGAAGAGAAGGCUUUACAAACGCUACUUGAGAGCAAAAUUAAGCAAAGACAACGAGCGAAGGAACAAGUGUCGCGACGGAGAAGCAAGGUGGCUUUCGAGGAUAGUGAGUCCUUUGACACUGGCCUUGUUUCAUUUGACCCACCGUUAGUAAUGAAUGACUAUGAUGAACGACCUAUUACUUUCCGGUCGGUACUUGGGAAGACAUUAAUUGCCAGUGCGCCUCACAAGGAGACUUUCACAGUGAGGCCUGUCAUUUCUGGAAAUGGGGCUCAUGUUCCACUCCUCGUCCUUAAACAGCUAUUUAUUCGGGAAAUGGGCUUGGAGCGUGACCUCCGCCAGGAAAUUAGGGCGAGCGAAGACAAGCUCGAAAUCCUAAAGCGACUGAGACACCCAAAUCUGGUUGAUUUUAUUGGAUUUAAGAUAUAUCGCCCUCUUGGCCCCGAGACAUCCCACGAAAGCGCAUGGCAUAUUUACACUUUGUUCGAGUAUGCUAACAAAGGAUCGCUAUCUGAGCUGCUUGACAUGAUCGGGAGUGUGACGGCAGACACCGCAAGGGCCUGGAUGUUACAGCUGCUUGAUGCCUUAGAGUAUUAUCAUCGUAACGGUAUUGUUCAUGGCAACAUUCAUUCUGGACGGGUGUUAUUGUUCAGAACCCAGUCCAACAACACCAUACUCAAACUUCUAAGUGGUGUGGAGGAAUCGCUUCCAGUACCAUCAGGAGCGAAGCGAACUUUAACUUCCUCCCAGUCUCCAUUUUGGAUUCCACCAGAGCUCACACAGAAAGGUUCUCAGCCCAGCACCAAAACUGAUGUAUGGGAUCUAGGGAUAGUUUUUCUGCAAAUGAGUUUUGGAAAGGACAUAAUGCAGCGGUAUACAUCAGCCAACGCUCUUAUGAAUGCGAUCGAUCUUUCAAUGCCUUUGGAGGAAAUGCUUGGGGAGAUCUUUAGACCGGACCCUAAAAAACGCCCCACUGCAUUCCAAAUUCAACCAUUCGAGUUCUUUCGAGUCGAUGCGCCACUGCUUGAACCAUCGGUUGCAUCCAAUCUAAUAUCGCUACGAAGACGAAGCCGGCUUGAUUCCCAGGGAGCCCUCCCUUCAUUUUCUCGGUAUGGGCAGGACUUUGAUGAGGUUGGGCGCCUGGGCAAAGGAGGUUUCGGCCAGGUUGUGAAAGCGCGAAACAAGCUAGACGGAGGGUUUUACGCAAUCAAAAAAAUCUCCUCGAAGUCAGGGAUCGCCCUCAAGGAUACUUUAUCCGAAAUUAUGCUACUAUCAAGGCUUAAUCAUCCAUACGUCGUACGGUAUUUUACUGCGUGGCUCGAACGAGACUAUCAUGCUCUUGACGACGAGGCAGUGUCAUCCACCGAAGCAAAUUCGCGUCAUCCUGAAGACGACGUGGAUUUCGGAUAUAGCACAAGUGGACUUGAUUUUAUAAGCUCAAAGGGGUAUCCUGACAUAGAGUUUGGGUAUGAUAGUGAUGGGCAUGACGACACUGAUACGGCAUCGGAAGAAUCCGGCCACCAUAGACAAUGGAGCCCAUUAAAAACAGAUGAAGGCCCAAGCCUUCAGAGGCUGAGAUCUGGAUCAUCAUCCCACACUGUGACAACUACGCUUUACAUUCAGAUGGAAUAUUGCGAGAAGCAUACACUCCGCGAUUUAAUCAGGAACGGAUUAUAUGACGACAUUGAGUUUUCUUGGAGAUUGUUUCGACAGAUCGUGGAUGGCCUAAGCCAUAUCCAUAGCCAUGGCAUUAUUCACCGGGAUCUGAAACCAGAUAAUAUAUUUAUCGAUGUUGCGAACAACCCGCGCAUCGGCGACUUUGGCCUAGCUACGACUGGCCAGUUCACAACGGCAGUUCGAUCUUCGAAUGCCACAGACAUUGCUGGGCAUUAUACCCGGAGUAUAGGAACCACCUACUAUGUUGCCCCUGAAAUGAAAUCUGUGUCGGUCAGCCAGUAUAAUGAGAAGGUUGAUAUGUAUUCACUUGGCAUUAUAUUUCUCGAAAUGUGCCAUCCUCUCAAGACGGCGAUGGAGCGCGAUCACACAUUGCAGAACGUGAGAAAGAAGGUUCAUACGCUCCCCUCAACAUUCGAGGUACCAGAGAGGGCCAUACAAGGAGAAAUAAUUGAGUCCCUCCUGAGCCAUCGUCCAAGUGAACGACCCACUGCGGCAGAACUUCUCCAAAGCGGCAAAAUACCUCUACAGGUUGAAGAAGAAAUGUUUCGAAAGGCUAUUAUGGGCAUUCUCUCCGAUCCUAACUCACCGGACUACAAGAAAAUCCUUUCAGCUAUUUUCUCCCAGCCAGCGAGAAAAUUCGAAGACAUCGCAUGGGAUAUGGACUCUCGCGGAACACCACCCGCUGCCGAAGUGUUGCUUCAAAGUCUAGUAAAAGAGAAAUUGACAUCGAUAUUCCGGAAACACGGCGCUGUUGAGACGACACGUAGCUCCCUAUUCCCACGUUCUGAACACUAUCCCCCAGGGGUGGUUCGUCUUUUGGAUCCUGCAGGCAACCUUGUUCAACUGCCCUACGAUCUCACCCUUCCGAAUGCUCGCUCCGUACCUAGAUUAGACUCGUCCAUCGAAAAGAUCUUCACUUUUGGCACCGUCUACCGGGAGUCUAUACACGGAGGAGCGCCGCGUGGUCACCGUGAGGUUGACUUUGACAUGAUAUCACAUAACACUUUGGAUCUGGCACUAAAGGAAGCGGAAGUCAUUAAGGUCUUAGACGAGAUUUUGAAUGAAUUCCCUUCCCUGAGAUCUGCCCCAAUGUGUUUCCACAUUAACCACUCAGACCUCCUUGACGCGAUUAUGUCAUUUUGUCGAAUCAGCUCCCAACAAAAGCCCCUGGUUAAAGAGGUCAUUAGCAAGUUGAAUAUUGGACCGUACUCAAUGCAAAAGAUCCGUAGUGAGCUUCGAUCUCCAACUGUCGGGGUCGCGUCUACAUCUGUUGACGACCUUGCCCGCUUCGACUUUCGAGAUAGCCCAGACAAAGCCUUAAAACGCCUUCGUACAAUCAUGGAAGGAACGGAGUUUGCAGACCGCCUCGCUCCGAUAUUCGCCCGUCUAAACGCCGUGGUGUCGUAUCUAAAAGGAUUCCGUGUGAAGAGAAAGAUCUACGUAAACCCCCUGAGCAGUCUUAACGAUAAAUUCUUUCGUGGCAGUGUUCUCUUUCAAUGCGUUUCCGACACAAAACGACGAGAUGUCUUUGCGGCCGGAGGACGAUACGAUAGCCUCAUUCAAGAAUUCCACCCUAAGGUUCUAUAUUCAGGCAACCAACGUCAUGCCGUCGGAUUCAACCUCGGAUGGGAAAAACUGUGCCUCUCAAUGUCGAACUAUUUGAAAGGGUCAAAUAAAGCUUUCCUUAAACAGGGAGAGGCGGAAAUAAGCGGAAUCUGGCGGGCAAGACGGUGUGAUGUUCUCGUCGCUAGUUUCGAUGCUACAGUCCUUCGUACUGUGGGAGUUGGCGUCGUUCAGGACCUGUGGGCGCAUGAAAUUAGUGCUGAACUUUCCGUUGAUGCUUCCUCAUUGGAGGAGAUCCUUGCGCGGUAUAAGAAUGAUAACCAUAGCUGGGUCGUGAUCGUCAAGCAGGAUAGCAUGGACCGGGGACUGAAAGUGAAGAAUAUUAGCACCAAAGAAGAGUUUGAGGUGAGAAGCUCUGAAUUGGCGGGGUGGCUUCGAAGCGAAAUCGGCGCGCGGAAUCAGCGUGAGCAUCUAACAGGUGCCGGCAAACCACUGAAACAUCUGUACCAUCAAGAAUCCAACAAUUCGGUCAGAGAGAAAGACCAGGACGUAAGGAUUUUAGUAGCACUCCACCGGAGCAAGAAAACGAAUAGGCGAAACAUCAUUGAGGCCGCAAUUCGCGAAUCACGCAACGUGAUGGAUAGAGCGCUUGACGGACCUAUUGCGGCUAUUGACACUCGAGAUGAGGUUUUGGAAGCCCUCCGGGAUACCCGUCUUUCAGACCCCGACAGGUGGCGGACAGUGAUACAGAACUGCCCGCUGACAGAAAGGAAGUAUAUGGCUCAGGUCCUCGAAAUGCUCAACGACCUUGCCAACGAGCGCCGAGACCCUCAGGAUGGGAAGGAAAUCUAUAAGAAUGCGUUUAUUUACAACUACCGCACCGGCAGUUGUAUCUAUUAUGAUCUCUCACGUAGUAAUGAGAAAUGAGCCAUAUGAGAGAUGAAUAUUAGUAUGAAUGAGCUAUGAAUGACAUGAUAGCAGGAUACCCGUAUAUUUCUUUGGUAGCUGAGUUUGCCAUGCAGGAGCUCUGUCUCUCACCGUGAGCAUUUAAUGCUUACUAAAAUGAGAAAUAGUUCCUCAACGGAUUAAAAAAAUACUAUUGUACAAGCAAAAUUGAAAAAAGAGACGUAUCAAUCGCUAUCAUCACUGUCAUAAGCCACUAGUGGUCCACUGGACACCGGGGCGCUUGGUUUUGUUGUAAAACUCCCCCCCGUAAAUCCGUUCAGUGCGCUUAGAGUUGACCCAGAUAAUAUACCACCCCCACUGGUUGCCUGCUGCUGCGGUACUUCUGCUGGAACAUCCUCAAUUAAACGACCUUCCGCCGGAGGUUCGAUUUGCUGAGUUGCUUUCCCUUGCUCCAAUUCCCUGGUGCGAGCAUACCAAACCUCGUCAGGGGGUUCGUAGCCACUAAGCCCAAAACUCCCCUCAAUCUUCUUCCGUUUCCUCGCCUCAGGAUCUCUCCCUUCCAACUCCGCCACAAACUCCGCAGGCAGGGCCUUCCUGACUGCCUCCGCUGCCUGCUCCUCGAUACGCUGCGCGUCCCGCUUCUGCGCCAGCGGGUUCGGAUCAACCGUCGCCCACCGCACAUUGAGCACCUCAUUAUGGUCCAGGCUCUGAUGCGACAUCGCCUCUUUAGCGAACUGAGAAUUUGCUUCGUUCGUAUAUGUCACGAACGCCACGCCUCGAGAAUUGAGCACGCGGAUGCGCUCCACCUGGCCCCAUUCGGCAAAAUGUCUCGCGACGAUCUCCUCAAUGUCAUCCGAAACGUGUAUCCGGCCGAUAUACAGUGUUCUGUUCUGCCUCAUAAAGCUGCCCACGCCACCCAUGUCAUCUCGGUAAUCG